GAUGGCACUGUGAACAGUGGUACCCUAUGCUACCUGAGCUGCUUUACAGUGGUUUUUUCCAAGCCAUGGACGGAACACUGCGCAGACUAAUCUUCAGCGCAUCUGCUACUCUCUCCAGUACGCAUGAAGUGGGUAACAGAUGACCGCUGUUUUCAUCCUCUUCCUGGAAAUACUCUAAUAAAUCUAGCAUGGCAUUGAACAAUUUUGUAUUGAAGAUUGAUAACAGGACAACUCAAAUUGC